UCCCUCUAGUCACGUUCUCUCCCCUUCCCUUCCUCCUGACACAGCCACCCGCCUCUCCUCCGGCUCUGACCCAACGCCGCCGCCGAUCUCCUCUUCCGCAUCACCUCUCCGGCGGCCUCCUCUCCCCAUCCACGCCCCGCUGGCGACCUCCCUAUCCUCUCCUCUGUCUGCCUGGUCGGGCCGAGACCCUAGCCCGAUGCCAUGGUGACCAUGGCAGCAGGAGGAGCCCGGUCAUGGCGGCCUCCUCUCCCUGCAGCGCUGCCGCACCUCACCUUCUCUUCUCUUCUCUCCUCUUCUCUCCCAGUAGAGGAGAGGAGGGGAGGGAAGGGAAGGCCUUCUCCGGCGAGCUUCCAGGGAGGUGAGGAGCGCCCAGAUCCAGAUCUAUGGCGCAUCGUCCCGUCGUCGACCUGAGCCGCGACCAUCCAUCCAGGGCCGACAGAAGCCAGGACGGAGAUGCCAGAAACCCUAGCCUAGCCUAGCCAUGGAGGCUGCUGCUGCUGGAGGCGCACGUCGCCUGCCUCCGCGUCGCCACCCCCGUCGACCAGCUCCCCCGCAUCGACGCGCAGAUCGCCGCGCGCGCCCCGCCGCCCGUGCCCCCCCCGCCGCCGCGCCCGCCGGUGGCGAGGAGCUCGACCUCUUCAUGACACACUAUGUGCUGCUCCUCUGUUCCUUCGAGGAACAGCUCCAGCAGCAUGUGCGUGUCCACGCCAUGGAGGCGGUGAUGGCCUGCUGGGAGCUCGAGCAAACUCUGCAGAGUCUUACAGGGGCAUCUCCUGGUGAAGGCACCGGGGCAACUAUGUCCGAUGACGAAGACAAUCCGGUCGACAGUGAGAGCAACAUGUUUGACGGGAAUGAUGUGUCAGAUGGCAUGGGCUUCGGAAUGCUAACCGAGGGUGAGAGAUCCUUGGUCGAGCGCGUGAGGCAAGAGCUGAAGCAUGAGCUUAAACAGGGGUAUAGAGAAAAGCUUGUGGACAUCAGGGAGGAGAUACUGCGGAAGCGAAGAGCCGGAAAGCUCCCAGGGGACACGGCGUCUACCCUGAAAGCUUGGUGGCAAGCCCACGCCAAAUGGCCGUACCCAACUGAGGAGGACAAGGCGCGGCUGGUGCAGGAGACGGGGCUGCAGCUGAAGCAGAUCAACAACUGGUUCAUCAACCAGCGCAAGCGGAACUAGCACAGCAACCCUACCUCGUCCUCGUCAGACAAGAGCAAGAGAAAAAGGAACAAUGCAGGUGAGGGCAACGCCGAGCAGUCCUGGUAGGGUGGGUGCGGUCGGUCGGAGAGCGAAGAACGAAGAACGAAUGCCCCAUAUAUGUACAUAGCGCUUCCAUCUUGUCGAUGAUUAGUGUUGAACCUCAUAUGUCCUCUGCAAUUCAUUUCCAUUAUAAUCUUACUCAUACAAUAUUCACACCAUGUAAUUCUGGAAAAGACAGUAUUGACAUGUUAUAAAAAAUGACAAUAUUGACAUGUUA